GGCCUUUGACAGUUUGACUUAUAUUACAGCAAGCUCAAGUCGGCCCGCUAUUUUCCCUACACCCGUCCUUCAGGAUACCCAGCGGCAAUCAGUCAUAAGACGCUAGGGAACGCUGUGAGAGACUGAGAGUCCGUCCUCUCGAAGGGAAACCGCCGUCGUCCCCAUAAUCCAUCUUCCCCAGCAAAUCAACAGAGAAAGUGCAACUGCUUUCAUCUACCUUGUUCUUUCCUGAUUUGAGUGGCCAUGGCUGAGACAGAUGUAGUCACUUUAAUGGAUGCCAUUCCUAUGCUGAUUGAACAGUUGAGCAAGGCAUUCUCUGAGCUGGAGUCUCAUGAGGAUGUUAGCAUAGACAAAGGACAGCUAUUAGAAAUACAGGAGCAUUUCAGGAAACUUGAGGAAAUGAUGGUGCACAAGUAUAUGGAGUUAGAUAUUAGAGAGACGGCAUUCUUACAUCAAGAAACUGAUGCUCAUAAGCUGGUCAAUUCACAGAAGGCAGAAUUUUAUAGAAUGGAACAAGAUAUGCUGGAUCGUAUACAAAAACUGAAAGAUGCUGCUGCCUCUGCUAUUACUGAAGCAUUGGCAAACCAUAAACUGACAUCGUUUGAUCCUGUGGAUGCUGGGGACAGCGAAGACAGCCAGGUAAGCAGCCCUCUUGGUGACUCAAAUGUAUUCGAUACUGGCUCAGAAGUUAAAUCACCACCUCGUGGAACUGGUGAAAAUAUUGAUGUUGUUAAUCCUCGACCAGAACUUAUGCAAAUCUGUGAACAGAUGGAUGCAAAAGGGCUUCUGAAUUUUAUCAAGGAGAACCAAAACAACAUACCUUUGAUUUGUGGUGAAGUUGCCCUUGCACUUAAAUGUGCAUCUGAACCAGGCCGUUUGGUGCUGGCUUCACUAGAGGGCUUCUACCCACCCGAUGAUACUAAUGAAAAUGGUGAGAAAAACACCGAUACAAUCCGUGACAUGCGUCGCUCCUGCCUUGUGUGCAUAAAAGCCAUGGCCACCUUUUUGGCAAAGGCUGAUCUGGAUUCUGAUUGCAUCCUGUCCCCUGAAAUUAGGCAGCAAGCCAAAUCUGUUGCUGAUGAAUGGAAGCCUAAUCUGGCUAAUGCCGGCACUUGUUCUGCCAGUGAGAAUUCAUUGGAAACUGAGGCAUUUUUGCAGCUUCUUGCAACUUAUAGGAUUGCUUCAGAGUUUGAUGAAGAAGAACUCUGCAAGCUUGUUCUUGUAGGUGCUCACAAAAGGCCGGGGCCUGAGCUCUGCCGUUCUCUUGGCUUAACACACAAAAUUUCAGGUGUAGUCAAAGCAUUGAUCAAUAGUGGGAAACAAAUCGAUGCUGCCCAUUUUAUACAAGCUUUUAAGCUUACUGACAAAUUUCCUACUGCUCAACUUUUGAAAGCACAUUUAAAAGACCUCAGAAGGAGUUUACAAGGAAAGGGUGCCAGCUCAGGGAAUGCAGAGACUAGUGGAAAUGCUCAAGAACUUGCUGCACUUAAGGGUAUAGUUGAGUGUGUUCAAGAAUACAAUCUUGAAGCAGAGUACCCACUUGCUGCACUCCUCAGAAGGGUUGCUCAACUGGAAUCUGCAAGAAAUAAUAAUAAUAACAGUAAUAAUAGUAACAACAGCAAUACUAAUAUUAAUAGUAAUCAUAAUAGUAGUAGUACUAGUAACAGUAAUAGUAAGAAGAGGUUUGCUGAAUCUGAAAGUAGAUCACGGAAUCCUAAAAAGCCCAAAGCGAAUGGGAGGGGCCACAUUGGCUCUAGUGCUACUGUUAGGGGAUCUGCUGCCUCCAACCGUGGUCGGCAGUCUCCUUCUGGAUUGGUUGGGAGGAGGGCAGUGGGUUAUGGAGGACCGUCAGAGAGAUAUCCUCCUUCUUCUGCAUAUGAUUAUCGGCAACCUUCAAGUUCAACACCAUACAACCAACCACAACAAGAAGCCGCCUAUGACCCGAGAGCGCAUCAUUACCCCCCUCCAGAUGAAAGGGCUGCCCCAGCUCUGUACACUGCUUCUGGAUAUAACUAUGGAGGCAUAUCAUCGCUUGGCACUCCACGCCAUCAACCAUAAGCAUUAAUAAAUGAGUUUGAACAGGUUCCUUUUUUUGUUGCUUUGAGAGGUUUGCCACCAGCCUGCUAUGUUUUUUGCUGUGAUGACCAUUUAAUAUCUCAUUUUGAAUAAUUUCCGCAUGUAAUGUAUGGUUCUCUGCUCAGCUCAGCAGCUGUAGGCUACACUUCACUUCUUGGCUGGCGAUUGGCAUAUGCCCAACUCUUAGAUUUACUAGAAUAGUACGAAGUAUUGUUAUUUAUUUAUUUCUUGACUUGAAAAGAAAACGUUCCAAGAACUAAUCCGAGUAUUUUACCUAGCGCUUUACUUCUAGGCCUUUAAAAGGUUUGUACUUGACUACUUGCUAAAGAUUAUCUGUUGGUUCAUUUAUUAAGGUGUAUUAUUCAAAAUAAAGAAA